AUGUCUAGAGUGAGAUCUGAGCCGAUGAAAGUUGUCUUCAUAAACACACAGUACGUUCAGACAGAUGCUCGGAGCUUCAAGACUGUUGUUCAAGAACUCACAGGUAAAAACGCCGUCGUCGCCGACGGUCCUUUUGAAUUCUCCGGUCAAGGCUACGGUGGUAAAGAAGAUUCAUCACGGCAGUUUUGCGGCGGAGGAAGAGAGGCAGAGGGAAGUGUAGAGACGACGGAGUUUGAUAGUUUUUUAACGGAGAUGCCUCCGGUCGGUGGAGAAUUGUACAAUCUCAUAUGGUCGGAAAAUUGA